AUGAGCAGCAAAAGUGAAGUUCCACAGGACUUUUUCAACGACCUCGACGAGAUUUCGGGUGAUUUCUCCGCGCAAUCGCUGAGGCAAGCACUGGAGAAAAUUGAGACGAUGGAGUUGGAUCAUGUGCCCGCCGAGCAUCGUGUCGGAGUGUUGAGACGUCACGCCGAGUAUCUGUAUAUGUUGAGUAAUUAUCAGACGAUGAAAGACAAACGCAUCGAGAUGUUGGAGAAUGCCUUCAAAAAAGCCCGCCAAGGCCACGUGAUGGAUCCAACAGACUUGGACUGUGCGAAGACUCUGUGCUCCACUUGCGGACGUCUUGCCGAGGAGAGUUCUAUGAAAAAGAAGGUGGAUUAUGGAUUCAAGUUCAAGGCAUAUCUCGAUGAAGCGAUUGCUAUGUGUGAUCCAGACUUUGAUCUGUGUCAUAUGAGAGGACGGUUCUGUUAUACGGUCGCCUCGAUGUCAUUCGUCGAACGUUGUGCCGCCAAAAUGAUCGGACAAAUUCCGGACGUCUCGUAUCAGAAUGCGUUGGAUGAUUUGCUGAAAGCGGAUCAGCUCAUGCAGGGUGCCGCCGAGAAUCAGCUUUUCAUUGGGAAAACGUUCUUGGCGAUGGGAAAUUUGGUCAAGGCGAAGAAGUGGUUGAUGAAGGUGGCCACCAACGAGGUCGACACGGUAAUCGAUCAAGAAUACGUCGACGAGGCGAAAGCACUUCUGGAGGAAAAGAAGUUGAAGGCGAUCAAAUGGUGA